AUUGUGUAUAUAGGUCCCAUGUCUGCCCCUCCCAAUGUUAGACGAGGAGCUCUUCCUACCUGCGACUCUCCUUAACACCGCAUAUGGUUAGAGUACGGACAAGGCCGCCGGGGAACGCCGCUCUGCGGUGGGCAGCUGGCUGUGGCGAACAUUGGACACCACCGUCGAUACGCGCAUUGCGGCCGAGAAGCAUUGCGACGAAUGCUGCGGUACGAGAACCAAGCGUUGAAUUUCCAGAAGGUGUUCCCCCAGCACCAGUAGCACCACGACGUACUGGGCUGGAGCGCAAAGAGGCCAUCAAGAACGCAAAGCCAUUUUCCGACUUUUUGACCGACACGUUCAAUAGGCAGCAUGACUAUCUGCGCAUCAGUAUCACCGAGCGGUGCAAUCUGCGAUGUCUGUACUGCAUGCCAGAAGAGGGCAUCCCACUUUCGCCGUCUGCAAACAUGCUCACCACGCCGGAGAUCUUCUACCUAUCGUCGCUCUUCGUAUCGCAGGGCGUCACCAAGAUCCGCUUGACGGGCGGCGAGCCCACUGUGCGCCGUGACAUCGUCCCAUUGAUGCAGCAGAUCGGCAGCCUACGCCCGAAAGGUCUACGAGAACUCGCACUCACAACGAAUGGCAUUGCAUUACACAGAAAGCUCGAUGCCAUGGUAGAAGCAGGUCUGACAGGAGUCAAUCUCAGUCUAGACACGCUAGAUCCGUUCCAGUUCCAGAUCAUGACGAGACGGAAAGGCUUCGACGCCGUCAUGCGGUCCAUCGAUCGCAUACUGGAGAUGAACAAGCUCGGCGCCAACGUCAAGCUCAAGGUCAACUGCGUAGUCAUGCGCGGGCUGAAUGAGCGAGAGAUUUUGCCUUUUGUCGAAAUGGGCCGUGAGAAGGAUAUCGAAGUGCGCUUCAUCGAGUACAUGCCUUUUGGUGGAAACAAGUGGAGCGAAAACAAGAUGAUAAGCUUUCAGGAGAUGUUAGACAUUAUACGGACAAAGUACCCUGGACUCAGGCAUAUCCCGGGGCACAAGAACGACACCAGCAAGACGUACGAGGUCCCUGGCUUUGUCGGCAGGGUUGGUUUUAUUACGAGUAUGACCAACGACUUUUGCGGAACAUGCAAUCGGCUGCGCAUAACGAGCGACGGCAAUCUCAAAGUGUGUCUGCACGGCAACGACGAGGUCUCACUGCGUGACCUCCUGCGGCAAGGCAACAGCGGCGAACCCAUUGAUCAAGAAGCAUUUGAGCGCAUCAGGCAACUCGAAAUGGAUCGCCACGAAGGUCGCCUGAGUGAUGAGACCAUCCUUGGGUGGGGCCAACGAGAGCGCGAGCUCCUCGAUAUGAUCGGCAUAGCUGUGAAGAAGAAAGCCGAGAAGCAUGCUGACUUGAACGACCUCGCGAACAUGGAAAAUCGACCCAUGAUUUUAAUCGGUGGGUGACGUGGAUUUCUUUUCUUCAACUUGGUCAGGUUGGAUGCUCUUACGAUUCAUGGCGGUUAUUGCAUAGUUGGCGUACGAGCGGU